UUUUUCAAUAUCACAAUCUCUACCGGCCGCAAGAUCCUCGCUUCUUUUCGAUCGUCCAAACAUAAACCCUACUUUCGUUCAAAAAAAAUAAAAUAAAUAAACCCCACUUCGGAGCACACCAUAGCGUCGCCAUGCCGGAGACAAUGUCAGCUCCGGCGCCGCAUUACGGCUUCCACCGGAACUGCACGUGCAUGCACCCCCGCAAGAAGAUGGGGAUGAUGCACAUGACCUUCUUCUGGGGCCACAACGCCGAGGUCCUCAUCGAUCGGUGGCCAGGCACCGACCCCAAGAUGUACGCCGUCUCUCUCGCUGCCGUCUUCGCCGUGGCUGCGCUCGUGGAGCUAUUCUCUUGCUGCAAGCUCACCGUGCGAGCGGGCUCGAACCGGAAUUUCGCCGCGGGCAUUCUUCGAACGGUUCUUUAUACGUUGCGUUGCGGGAUGAGCUACCUGUUGAUGCUCGCCGUCAUGUCGUUCAACGGUGGUGUCUUCCUUGCCGCGGUCGGCGGCCACGCGCUCGGGCACUUGGCCUUUGGCAGUCGGGUUUCCAAGAAGCCGGACGGGCCGGGCUCGGCGAAGGAGCGGACUGAUCUUCCACCCACCGGCUGCUGAGUCCGCUAAAACCUUCUUACAUCGAACUAGGAUGGCUUCUUUUCACUUCUAGUUGAAUGAAAACGCCAUCUUUAUUUUUAUCAUUGCAAUUUCA